AUGCUUCCUCAUUUCUGUUUAAAAUGGCUUUUUUUUAAAUCAUUUAAUUUUUUAGCUGGAUCAGCACAUGAAAAAAUUCAGCCUCAGCAAUCCUCGGCAUCUACGGGUAGCAACAGUGCUCCACAAAGUGCUCGACAGCGUCUAGCUAAAUUAACAGCAUCUCUGAUUGGUGGCAUCAGUGCGGAUACUUUGGAUUCUGUAACCAGUCCUACUGAUGCUUCUGGCUGCAUAACAGUGAAGGAGCUAGAGGAUCAACUGAUGGGCGUACGUAUCCGUGAAGCGGACACAGUUGCGGAACUGAAAGAAAUGCGACAAAAAGUAAUGGAGCUGGAAACACAGAAUCACGUAUGUACAAAUCAACUGAAGCGUCAAGAUGAGGAGUUGAAGAGGUUGCGUGAAGAAAGAGACCAGAUUAUACAGCGCGAAAAAGAGCUUUCGGAUCAGAUGAAGGAGGAACGGCGUAAAGCGGUUGAAGCAGAAAGUGAGCUGAAAGAACGAUCGGUUAUGGAACGAUUGAAAUAUAGCGAAGCGAUGCAGCAUAUCGCGGAUCUGAAGCAGUCAAUCGCUCAUCUGGAACUCAAGGUUGGCGCAAUUGGGUCGCAUAUGAGCGGUGACGCUGUAUCCAUCAACAGCGAUGAGCUGACCGCAAUUAUUGCUGAUUUGCAAGUUCGGAUUCCUGAACUGUCAAACGAUGAAGCGAUUCAGCUUCAGAAAAUUGAGGAGGGAAGUGCAAAGGGCACUACUGUUUCUCUCACUAGUAAGGAUCGUGGGAAAGGAAGGAUAUCAGGUGUUGCUCCGGUUGAAGAGGAUGGAAAUGAUACGACGGAUAGUGGUUUUCAGUUGAGCGAUGCCUCAUAG